AUGGACGGAGAGGACAGAGGGGACAGAGACGUGAGCCUCAGCGAGGACACCAGAGGAAGGUCAAGUCCUCCCCGGUCCACAUCAGUGAGACAACGGCAGAGAGUUCAGCAACCAUCAGUGGAGGGAUGCUGUGAAGACGAGAAGUCGGUCUCCGUCUCCCCAAAGCUGACCAACUGGAUCAAGCUCAACGCUAAAGACCUCAAGAUCCGGCUGACAGACCGGCGGUGGGCUGCAGAGGUGGUCAACGACUUCCGUGAGAAUUUGCUGAGGUUCCUGAAGAAUAAUGAAGAUCAACCUUUCUUCCAGUCAGUCGAAUUCCUCACGUCUGGCAGCUACUUUGAGAAGGUUAAGAUCCACAGUCCUGAUGAGUUUGACAUGAUGCUGAAGCUUCCGGUUCCUUCACGCCUCAAGAUGACAAAGCUCGACAGCGGCCUGUUCUACCAGAUCGAUUUGGCGCGGCCCACCAGGACCCCCAUACGGGCCUUUGUUUUGGAGAAUAAGCUCACUCUCUCAUCAAGCAAGAUCCUGAGCGAGAUGUACCGCCUUGUCCGCAAGUUCCUCAAAACCUAUAAAGGUUUCGGCUGGGAGGUGAACAGGAAGCGCCUCAACUCCCCGGCUGUCACUUUGUCUCUGUACAAAACCGGGGGCAAAAGUGACGAGCUGAUCUCUGUGGAUGUGGUUCCUGCUCUGGAGGUAAAUCAUGGCUGGCCGCUUGCUGUCCGUAAUGGCCCUGAUGUGGAGAAGUGGCUGGGGAAGAAGUUUCGCCAGGAAAUCAAAACUUUGCCCUGUUUCUUUGUACCAAAGAGGCUGAAAGGUCGAAAGCUCAGCGAGGAAGCAAAAGAGAGUUGGAGGAUUUCUUUCUCUCUCAUUGAAAAGAAAAUCAUCACGCUCCAUGGCAACAAGAAAACCUGCUGUGAGAGUAACGCUACCAAAUGCUGCCGUAAGCAGUGCCUAAUGCUGCUCAAAUCUCUGAUUACGGGCCUGAAACAACGUUUCCCCAAAGAGCUGGAUGACCUCUGCUCAUACCACGGCAAGACCGCCUUCCUCAACACCCUGUCUGUCAGGUACCAAGACUCCAUGUGGGCUUGCCAAAAUCUUCCUGCCUGUUUCCUGUAUCUCCUAAAGGCUCUGGAGGACUAUGCCAGUGUAGGCUUCCUCCCUCACUUCUUUGUCCCUGAAUGCAACCUCUUCUCCUCGACUGUAUUCCCCCGCAAAACGCUGGCUUUCCUCAUCAAUGCCCUGCAGGAGCAGAGGAGGGAGGGUCUGCCCCUGCUGAAGCCUCCAGGCCCCGUCCCACCACUGAGACAACUGUCUCUGUUAACAGGUUCCUCCAUUGAAGAAGAAGAAUCCACACAACCAACGCACCAGAUGACUACAUUUCAGUGUUCGAACACCACAUUUAUGCAUAAAAUUCUCCUGAUGGUUGCUGCUUUGGUUUUUGCCCUGUUUGUUGUGAUUAAUGGAAAGUGA